UUUGAUCUCGACUUGGGAUGACAAGAGUUCUCUUUUCUUAUAAAUUUUGUUUGUAAACAUAAAUAUAAUACCUAGUUCAGCUCUGAACUAGAUAAUGCCCAGCGAACUUGAACAACUUUAAGACGAAGAUGAUGCUAUGAAUUACAGUUCUACGGUUUAUUUAAUUUAUGACAAAAAAUAAAAGGCAACAGCAAUGGCAUGCAUGUAUGUUAUAGUUCUGUUUAUACCGAUCAUCUUGGUUGGUAUCUAUCUCUACUUGGAUUUCAAGUCCCAAAAAAUUAAUUCAGCUCAGAAAAGUUCAGAAGCAUUUAAGAUGUAUUUUUUCAAGUGGAUUUUAAUUCAGUUAGGAAGAUAUCGCAGAAACAAACUAGAGAAAAAUACAAAAGAUGUAAGAAAGGUUCAAGAAUCAUUUCUGUUAAAGCAAUUAAAAUUGGCUGAAAGGACUGAAUAUGGAUUAAAGUAUGAAUUUUCUAAGAUUAAAUCCAUAACCGACUAUUUGAGUCGGCAUCCAUUAACAAGAUACAGCCAUUAUGAGAACUAUAUAGAUAGAAUGAUGAAAGGGGAAGUGAACAUAUUAACAGCCAAGCAGCCAACAAUAUUUGCUGUGACGUCUGGUACAUCAGGAAAAAGUAAUGUCAUACCUAUGGUUAGAAGACAACAAACAAUUUUCUUCCUGGAUGGUAUUGCACUUCUCUUUCAUUUCAUGAAAGAAUUCUUUCCCAAAACUUGCCAAAUUCAGAAACACCUCAAAUUUUUUUAUGAUCCAAUCAAAUGGCGCAUGUCUGAAGCUGGUAUAAAAAUUGGACCCAAUUCAUCUUCCCCUUCAAAUUCUAAGAGUGUUCUGUACAUGUAUUCCACGCCCAUACCUGCUUACAAAAUAGUGAGUGAACCUGAGUUAUUGUAUAUCCAUCUUUUAUUUGGCUUAAAGGAGAAACAUUUAGGUAUGAUUGAGGCUAAUUUUACUUCAAUUGUCUAUAAUUCAUUCACUGCAUUAGAUAAUAUGUGGGAUGAUCUUAUUAGUGAUAUUGAAAAGGGACAACUUAAAGAAAGUCUGGAUGUUGAGGACUCCAUCCGUAAUGAACUCAAUAAAUUGUUGCAUCCUGAUAAAGAGAGGGCUGAAGAAUUAAGAAAAGCAAAGCAGGAAGGUAACAUUGGAUUAGCUCAUCGAAUAUGGCCACAAUGUAAUUUAGUUAUUGGAGCAGAUUCUGGUUCAUUUGAGCUCUAUGCUAGUAAACUGAGACAGACUUAUUUGAAAGAUAUACCCAUUUAUUCUCCUAUCUAUGCUGCCACUGAAGGGUUACUAGGUGUGAAUAUUUGGCCAAAACAGUUACCAAGUCGAUAUUUACUCAUACCAACAGUACAGUUUUUUGAGUUUAUACCGUUAUGUGAUUGUGAUCAAGAUCAACCUAAAACUUUUCUUAUGCAUGAGGUAAAAGAAGGUGAAAGUUAUGAAUUAGUUAUAACUAAUGCUACAUGUUUAUAUAGAUAUAGAUUUGGUGAUGUUGUCAAGGUUACAGGCUUUCACAAUCAAUGUCCUAUCAUUGAAUUUCUUUACAGACAGGGACAGUUUCUGAGUGUACGAGGAGAGAAAACAUCUGAAUCAUUGUUUUAUUGUGCGUUAUGUAAAACCAUUGAUCAUUGGUCCGAUGUGCAGUUAGUUGACUAUUGUUGUGCAGAAAGUGUGUUAGUUGAUGAUCAAACCAAAGGAGAUCAGUCUACAUUGCCAUCUUAUCAUGUGUAUUUAGAAUUGAAGAAUUGUCUUAAUUCUAUCAAUGUUCAGCAACUACAAACAAAGUUGGAUGAAAAUCUGGGUUCAGAGUCUUAUGUAUAUUCAUCAUUUAGGCAGAAAAAAAGUAUAGGACCAAUUCAGAUACACCUGGUUCAAGAUGGCAGCUUCCAUAGAUUACGAGAUUUCUUCCUAAAAAAUACCUCAUCUUCCUUUAAUCAGUAUAAAGUACCUCGAGUAUUAAAAACAAAAAUGGCAGUAGAGUUUAUAGCUGAACAGUGUUAUUAGACAUGUUGUGCAUUUUAAGUUUAAAAUUCAAGAAGAUCUGUGUAGGACAAAUAAAAGGUCACGUGUGAAAAAUAAAUAAUUGGUGCUGACUAUCUAUGGCCUAAUUACAUUGACAUUACCCAAACCAACUAGGUUCAGAUCAAUGCUCGCAUUUCAUAAUGCAAAUCUGGACAUAAUGCGCUCGUCAUAGAUUUUGUUGGAUACAGAUUAUUACAGUACAUAUAUAUUAUCUGUACAUUUGGUGAUAAUUUGUGUCUGACACAGUCUGUGACAGGUGUCUUAUGUUAUAUGUUGUGUGAUAAUUUGUACUUGACAUGAGUCUGUGACAGGUGCCUUAUGUUCAGGCUUGAAGGUGCUGCAAAAGUGAUGUCUUGCAAGAAGAUGCAUGCCCUUUAACAUUAAUGGACGAAUUGUUGCAUUUAAGUUGCUAACCGAUCUUACUUUAAGCUGAAGCAAAUCUGCAUUAUGAUACACCAAUUUCGUAUGGUAAUAUGAACAAAGCCCAUUUGUUAAGUUGUUAUGAGCAUGUAAAAUUUCAGUCAAAUAUUCAAAUUAUUGUCAAAGUUAUGCCUUUUUAGAAAAAGAUGUGGUAUACUACAUUUGUUUGAAGUUUUGGCUUAAGUUAGUGUUGACUGUUGAGUAAUAGAUGUAUAAUAGUGAGAUGUGAUUUUAUCUAAAUUACAGUUUAGUUUAAGAGUGGAAAUUUUUAAAGAGUAGGGGUUGAGUUGUACUGAAUAUCAUACAGUGAAGGAGAAGUAUAGUCUGAAAAAGGUUGAUAGCUAUGUAAACUGUGUAAAAUUGUUUUUUUUCUUCUCAUUUCAUAAAACAAGUACAGGUAUAAGUCAUAUCUCAUAUUUUGAUUGUGGUUGUAUUCUCAACUAAGAUAAAACUGAAAUCAUCAUUAUAAAUAAAGCAUAAUGAUAUAUUUAUGAUAAUUGUAUAUAGCAAAAAAGAACAGUUUAUAUAAUAACAAAUUCUUAAUUUAUACGGAACAUACUGAGAACUUGGUCAAGUUAUUGGUGGUCUGCACCGUUUGUGACUAGAGUUAUUUCCCUUUAGUCUUAAACGCGAGAGAGUUUUUCAGCGUGAAAUCAUGACCAAAAGUACUACCUUGUAAAAUUAAUGUUUUCUUUCCAUUUGUCAUAUAUGCACGGUGGCUGAUUUAGGACCCGCAAAAAAAAAAAAUAUCUCGAGCGCUCGAGAUAUUAAGUCGAGCGCUCGAGAUAAUACAAUCGAUCACGUCUCAACCGAUGUUUUAAGCUGUAUAAUUUUGUGCAUUAUUUAAUGAUAAACUUGCAGA